AAGUGGACUUCUCACAAGAGGAGUGGCAAUGCCUGGACUCUGCUCAAAGGGCUUUGUACAUUGAUGUGAUGUUGGAGAAUUACAGCAACCUGGUGUAUGUAGAGAACUAUUACAUAUGUGAUCCUGUCCAUCAACAUGGGAAGACUGAAGAGGAGUCUUGUCAGUGUAAUGAGCUUGGCAAAGUGCUUCAUGACCCCUCCACAUGUGCACUUUAUAGAACAAGUGAAACUACAGAAAACUCUAAUGACUAUAGAUGCAGUAGUCACAGGGAUGUGUCUAUUGACACGGCAAACCCAGACAGACAUGAAAACAUGCACACUGGAGAAGAACCUUGCAAUUCUAAAGACUGUGGGAAAUCUUUAAAUUUGUGUUCCAAUAUUACUCAAGAUCAGAGACUCUAUACUGCAAAGAAAGAGCAUGGGAAGGUAGAAUAUUAUGACUGUUUGGACACUAAAUGCAGUCUUUUUCAUCAACCGAUCUACAUUGGAGAGAAAGGAUACCAGUGUGGGAAAUGCAAGAAAUGCUUCAGGACUGCCUCAAACCUCACUGUUCAUCAGAGAAUUCAUAGAGGGGAGAAGCCUUACACAUGUAAGGACUGUGAGAAGUCCUUUACUCUGAAGUCAACUCUUACAAAGCAUCAGAGAAUUCAUACUGGGAAGAAACCCUACAAAUGCACCAUUUGUGACACACUCUUUACCCAGUGCUCAAGUCUGAAAACACAUCAAAGACUUCAUACUGGGGAGAAACCGUAUAAAUGUAGGGAAUGUGAUAAAUCCUUUGCUACCAAGUCAACCCUUACACAGCAUCAGAGAAUUCAUACUGGAGAGAAGCCUUACAAAUGUAAGGACUGUGACAAAUCCUUUACUGAGAAGACAACACUCAUAAGGCAUCAGGGAAUUCACAAUAGAGAGAAACGUUAUAAAUGUGGAGAAUGUGGCUUAUCUUUUACUGCACAAACAUAUCUUCGAGAACAUCAUAAAAGUCAUACUGUAGUAAAACCUUACAAAUGUGGAGAAUGCAACAAAUCUUUCAGUAAAAUCAUCUAUCUUAGAAAACAUCAGAAAAUUCAUACUGCAGAGAAACCUUACAAAUGUGGAGAAUGCGACAUGUCUUUUUUUCAGAGAUCAUAUCUUAAAAGACAUCAGAUAGGUCAUACUGGAGAGAAACCUUACAAAUGUCUGCAAUGUGAAAAAUCCUUUGCCUACAUGAAAAGUCUUAGAGCACAUCAGAGAGUGCAUACUAGAGAGAACCCUUAAAAAUGUCUGGAAUGUGAAAAAUUCUUUGCCUACAUGAAAAAUCUUAACACGUCAAGGACUCACACUGGAGAGAGACAUUACAAACCUAACAAAUGUGACAAAUCUUAUACUAACUGCUCAUAUCUUAGAAUACAUCAGAAAAGUCAUAAUGGAGAGAAACUUCACAAAUGCCAAGACUUUGGCAUAUCUUAUAUCCACUUUUCAAAUCUUAGAAGACAUCAGAGACUUCCUACUGAACAGAAAAAAACACCAUUGUAA